AGCUAUCGUCUGGAUCCUGACCCUAUGUUUGAUGCUUGAUCUGACUAAAACCACAGGGAAAUUAAGAAAUUACUGAUAUGUAUUAGUUUACAUGGCCUAGAGGUAAAUGACCAACUCUAUGUUCAUUGUAUGGAUAACACUUGUUAACUUAAGAAAAUCCUGGCCUUUUAAAACAUAGCUGUCUGUAUAAAUCAGUCUUCAUGCACUGAGCUAAUAAAGUGCCUGACGUGGUCUUCUGCUGUUGUAGCCCAUCCACCUCAAGGUUCGAUAUGUUGUGCAUUCUGAGAUGCUAUUCUGCACUCUACAAUUGUACAGAGCGGUUAUCUGAGUUACCGUAGUCUUUCUGUCAGCUCGAACCUGUCUUAACAUUCUCUCUUUCUCAUCAACAAGGCGCUUCUCUCCGCAGAACUGCCACUCAAUGGAUGUUUUGUGUUUUUGUCACCAUUCUGAGUAAACUCGAGAGACUGUUGUGUGUGAAAAUCCCAGGAGAUCAGUAGUUACGGAAAUACUCAAACCAGUCCGCCUGUUACCAACAAUCAUGCCACGGUCGAAAUACUGAGAUCACAUUUUUCCCCAUUCUGAUAGUUGACAUGAACAUUAAAUGAAGCUCCUGACCCGUAUCUGCAUAUUUUAUGAAUUGCACUCCUGCCACAUGAUUGUUUAUGAUAAUUGCAUGAAUAAGUAGAUGUACAGGUGUUCUUAAUAAAGUUCUCAGUGUGUGUACUUCUCAUUUACUGGUCUGACUAGGGUCAUGUCAUACAUGAGCUCCCUCCUGACUGGAAGUGUAUGUCUGUUUUCUGAAAAUGUUUGUUAUUUUCUGCAUGUCUUCACAUCUGAAUAUAUGAUUUAUAAUAUGGCUUAUGAUUUCAGCCCACAUGUAGCAUACUCCAAGCAAUGUACUACAGGCUGCUGUACAUAAUAAUGUACAUAUUCCCAGAGCACAUUCUGAUGGUAAAGCAUUCAACUUACAUUUGUAAGGUGUUGUCUUCACAGAAGUUUCGCUAGUUGCAACAUUCACUAUUCAUUUCAAUUGUUUUGUCAGACUAGCUUUGCAGCCUCAUAACUGAACUCCUGCUACGUAGGGAAAUCUGCGACCACUGAGUGUAUGAAGUGUCCAACAUUCCACACUCUUCAGUUGAAGAAGUACAGCAUCUGGAUACUCGUAUUACCCUUCUUUUUGCUGCAUUUUCAGUGAAAACAUUCUACUUACACUGCUAAAUGGCAUAGAAUAGUGCUGAAGUGUGCGAUUUCGGACACACCGUGAGAGAGGAAGAGAAUCAGCCAAGCAAACAGAACCAAACACCGCUCCACUGAUAAGUAAUAAACAUAACCUACGUGUUAUAAACCUACAUGUGUCUGAGUAUUUCUUAUGUGUCUACUAUGAUGCUUGUGUGUAAUAUACAGAAACUAAUGUCUCACUGUCGCAAAAUAGCAUAUCAUAACUGCUGCCCUGAUUCUACGGUCCCUGUGGCUCUGCAGGUAGAUAAAUCACAGCCAAAAAUCUAUGAAUGUACAAUGUUGCUUUUGAGAAUAUUGGAGCAUCCUUUGCCCUUUUCUACAAUGAUAUCAAUUUGUUUUUAAUCUUGCAUACUCUUCUCCAUCUGGCUUGGAAAAUAUUGAAUUACAUUUGCAUCAGGCAUGAAACAGCACGAUCCAAACCAAGGACUUGUGGAUUUACUGCAGAUGGAAAGAUUGAGAGAUAGUCAAGACAAGCGAGCAAUUAUCCUUGACACUUGAUACUAUGUGUAGAGAGAUGAAGAACAACAGUAAUUACUGAUGAAUUAAUGUUACAGUCUUCAACAUACAAUUUCAAGAAUAGAAUAGAAUAUAAAUAGUAAAUAGAAUAAAGGAAAUGCGUUCUCUACAAGUGAGUGUGUGCUUUUUCAAACAACAAUGUAAUCCUGAUCUAAGUCUGAAAUCUCAAAGACAAAAUUGGUCAGUCCAUAUGCAGUUCUUUCCUUCAUUUACCUAAUGGACUACAAGGUCACCGAGGGAACAACCACAUAUUCAGUCACGCAAACACACACGCACACACACACACAUGCACACGUGCGCACACACACACACACACACACACACUUAAUGCAGCAGACGUAAGCAAGGUGUAAAAGGUAUUUAAACCUGUGCCUGUGUGUUUUGUGUGGUUUUGAGCAAGCAGAUCGAUCACCUCUCACAGGAAGACAAGAACAAAGGUAAUAUUUCAAAUCAAAUCACCUGAGCUUAAAGAAUAUCUUUCAAAUGGACCAUUGCCACAUUACAGAUUCUCAGAUGAAUGAUUAUGGUGUGCAUGUAUGUCAAUAUUAUUUAAUUUAAGUGAAUUCCUUUUUUCAUCUAGGUGUUUUAUAUUUCUUUGUUUUCUUUCUAUUAUAGCCAUCAUGUAUUGGACCCUUAAAUACGCUGGAGCAAGUAUAUUAUUGUUGUUAAUGCUUAUUCAACUUGGACAACUAUACCCAAAAAAUGACAUGUCUAACUUUGGAUGUGAGGAGUGCAAACUCAAGGAGAACAACAUUUUCUCAAAGCCUGGGGCUCCUGUCUAUCAGUGUAUGGGAUGCUGCUUUUCUAGAGCUUACCCCACUCCCCUGAGGUCCAAGAAAACCAUGCUUGUCCCAAAGAAUAUCACAUCAGAAGCUACAUGCUGUGUAGCCAAAGAAGUUAAACGGGUACUUGUCAAUGAUGUCAAACUAGUGAAUCACACAGACUGCCACUGCAGCACCUGUUACUAUCACAAGUCUUAAAGAUACAUUAUAGCAUUCCAGAUUUUGUUUUGGCUACAUCUAAUUAUAUUCUCUUAUCGUCCUGUCAUUUUUGCUCAAAUGCUUGUUUUCUUUACUUAAAUUAGACUGACUAUAAUGUAUUUAAGGUGAACAUGCUCUUAUUAUUUUGUUGUAUAGCUGUGCCAAUAUAUAUUUAUGUUCAAUAGUUAUGUAAACCUUUCAAAGUUCUUACAUUUUCAAACCCCAAUUUUGUCAUUGCUGGAAAAUCAAGUUGUCUUAAUUAAAAAUUACUUGAAAUGUCAAUAUUUUGGGCUUAUAACUCAUAGACGU